ACAAUUAAAUAAUUUAUUCGACUACUUCCGUUCCGUGAUUCGAUCCGUGUCUCUUUCCUUUAUUCGCGCUACUUUUAGCAAGAACAUGUCGAACUAUACCGCUGAAUCAGAACGGCCUCAAGAGAAUCCUCAGGAAGGGAUUCAGGAGGUCGCCGAUGGCAUCAUUGAGAGUAACUGGGAUCAGGUGGUGGAUAACUUUGAUGACAUGAGUCUGCGCGAGGAACUCCUGAGAGGAAUCUAUGCCUAUGGCUUCGAAAAACCCUCGGCUAUUCAGGCCCGAGCCAUUCUACCCUGCAUUAAAGGCCGGGAUGUGAUAGCCCAAGCCCAGUCUGGUACAGGAAAGACUGCGACAUUCUCCAUAGCAAUCCUGGAACAACUCAAGGUUGACUUUCCUGAGUGCCAGGCGCUGGUACUUGCACCUACCAGAGAACUUGCACAGCAGAUCCAGAAGGUGAUGAUCGCCCUAGGAGACUACAUGGGGGCCCAGUGCCAUGCCUGUAUUGGAGGAACUGCUGUGCGUGACGAUAUACAGAAACUGCAGAGCAGUACCGUCCAUGUGGUCGUCGGAACUCCUGGCCGUGUCCAUGACAUGAUCAACAGGAGAGCUCUUGAUCCCCGAAGCAUCAAGAUGUUUGUGCUUGAUGAAGCUGACGAGAUGUUGUCUCGGGGAUUCAAGGAUCAGAUCUAUGAUGUGUUCAGAUAUAUGCCACAGGAUAUACAGGUUAUCCUGUUGUCAGCCACGAUGCCUGAUGAAGUGUUGGAAGUGACGAAGAGAUUCAUGCGUGAGCCAAUCCGUAUUCUUGUAAAGAAAGAAGAGCUUACCCUUGAGGGUAUCAGGCAGUUCUACAUCCAAGUGGAGAAGGAGGAAUGGAAGUUGGACACACUGUGCGACUUGUACGAGACUCUGACCAUCACCCAGGCUGUGAUAUUCUGUAACACACGUAGGAAGGUCGACUGGCUCACAGAGAAAAUGCUGUCCCGAGACUUCACCGUGUCUGCCAUGCACGGUGAUAUGGACCAGAAGGAGCGAGAUGUGAUCAUGCGUGAGUUCCGUACCGGCUCCAGCCGUGUGCUCAUCACCACCGACCUGUUGGCUCGUGGGAUUGAUGUACAGCAGGUCUCCCUUGUCAUCAACUACGAUCUGCCCGCUAACAGGGAAAAUUACAUUCAUAGAAUCGGUCGAGGAGGGCGAUUUGGUAGGAAGGGAGUAGCCAUUAACUUUAUCACGAGGGAUGAUGAGAGAACUCUACGUGACAUAGAGCAGUUCUAUAACACUCAAAUCGAAGAGAUGCCCAUGAAUGUUGCAGAUCUCAUUUAGGACAAUUGGAUUGUUAUCGUUGUUACCGCGCUUCACUGAGACUACUACCACGACGGAUUAUCGACUGCGACAUAUAUUGCGAUAUUGCGUCAUUUGUACUGAGAUUGAGUCGGUACACGUGACAUUUCAAUUUUUAUCAAAACUGCGAUUAUUCUAGUUUUCUGCAAGCAGAGGAUUUUACCAAUUGAUUAACUGUGACAUUAUAUUGACUGCGUUGGAUAAGUUACCUUACAGCGAUUGUUUUUAGCCUGUGAAAAGUUGAACCAUUGGACUCCCUUUUCAUAGCUUCUAAGCUGUUUUUGGGAACUUAAGAUUGUUUUGCAUUCAUGUUGAUGUUAUAGUACUUGUAUAUACAACAUUUAUCUUUAUAAUUGUUUGAAAUUUCAUUAUUUGUCUAAUGUAAUGUGAACUAUCGUGCUUUGAAAGGUCACGUGGUAAGGGAGUGUUUCCCAUUUUUUGGGUUCACCCGUAAGGGGCCCUUUAGGGAUCCUUUUAAGAUCCUUAGGGUCUCUCGCCCCCUUAUUUUGCUGUAAAUAUAUAUUAUUAAGUGCUUCUGUAAUAUUGGCAGUAUUUGUCUCCUUCAAAAUCGUUGAGUACCAAAAGUUUCUUUCUCUUUUAUUUAAUUUAUUGAAAUCAAGUUUAAAACUUUUUUUGUAGUUAUUUGUAUUUGUUAGCUGUAGUCCAAUUAUGGAUGUGAUAAAAUCAAGUGUUUCUGGCUGUGAAGGCUGUUCUGAGAAUAGGGUGCAUGACUCUAUAUAUCAUUGUUAUCAAACUGGGGCUACAGAUAUUCAGCGGUAUCAAUUGAAAACUGUCAUCAAACAAAGCCAUAGGUGUAUUAAAAAAUUACACAAUUUCA